GAUUUUUCCUGAAUGCCAAACCGGUUUGUGGGGUUAGAAUGAGACUAUAAGAAUGCCCGCCACACAGAGAACAGUUACUGUCAGCGUAGAGGUACAACACAGCAGGAUACACCUGGUUCAACGGUUGCACACCUGGGUGCCCAAUACACACUGUCAUCAUGCAGAACUGGCCCGCAUAUAUUUUAUUUUUAUUUCUGGUCUUCUGUGAUGUCUCAUCUCAAAGAAAGAAAAAGUCCACCACCCAAACUCUCUCAAGAGGCUGGGGCGAUGACAUCACUUGGGUUCAGACAUAUGAAGAUGGAUUGGCCAAAAUGGUAGAAAGUAAAAAACCUCUGAUGGUCAUUCAUCAUCUGGAAGAUUGUCCACACAGUAAAGCUUUGAAAAAGGCUUUAGCGGAACAUCCGUCUAUUCAACGGAUGGCCAAAUCAGAUUUCGUCAUGCUCAAUUUAGUGAAUGAGUCCAACGAUGUAAACUUGGCUCCUGAUGGCUUCUAUGUCCCAAGAAUCCUGUUUGUUGAUCCGUCAAUGACUGUGCGAGCUGACAUUUCCGGAAAGUACGCCAACCGAAUUUACGCUUACGAGCCAGCCGACAUGGACUUCUUGGCGGAGAACAUGAUGAAGGCCAAGAUGCUUCUAAAGGAGGGACACGAGCAACAUGGUGAUCUGUGAAGGGUGCAAAACACGAUCCCAAGACGACAGACUACUCUCAUUGCGGAGAGAACAUUCCUUUUAAUGAAACUUGUAAACCGAAUGCAGGUGUUCUUUGUGUAACUAGCCAUUUUCAAAUUAACAACUUUAAAUAAAGUAUUUUGUCGGGUUG